AUGUGCCGCGGCGGCUUGCUCCUGCUGGCCGCGGCUGCCCAGUGCGCUGCGGCCCCCGGCGCCGGCGACCUCGCCUCGGGAGGCGCGCCGCGCUCGGAGGCGGAGGCGGAGGGCCAGCAGGAGUGCGAGCACGCGGCCAUGCGCGUGCAGGCCCUGCAGACGCGCUCGUCGCUGGCGGGCGCGCGCUCGCACGAGGACCCCGAGCCCGAGGCCGCGGACCCUGGCCCCAAGCCCCUGGGGCCUGCGGAUCUGGACAUGCGGGAGUUGACCGGGUACGCGGAGGGCAACCCGUACGUGCCCGGGCCCAACGUCUACCUCAAGGAGAUGGUGGACCCGAGCAAUUGUUGGGGCUAUUGCCUGGACAUCGCUGGGUCUCCACCCAAGCCCCUCUGCGAGUCGGUGCAGGGCCACUCCUGCAAGACCGAGGGCGAGGACACCCAGUUCACAUAUGAUAUCGAGAAGCAUGAGAUUCGUUCGGUCAACUUCAACCACGAGUGCGACGCGCUGUAUAGCGGGAACAACAGCGUCAGGGUUUGGAAGGCCGCCGUCGACAACACCAAGCAGGCUUGCCUCCAGGUCGACGGGGACUUUGUGGCGGGCGCCACCCUGAGCAUGGGUAAGUGCGACGGCCAAGGGCAGCAGAAGUUCAUCUAUACGCCCAAGAUGCAAUUUGCCGUCGGGGACGGCACCCUCUGCCUCGUCCUUGGCACCGAGAGGGAGGCCUUGCCGGACAUGGUGAUGCGCUCCGCCGAGCUCCAGAGGUGCGAUUCGUGGCCGUCCGAGCUGUCCACGUGGGAGGUCCUCUUGGAGGACCACGUGCCGCUCUCGUCGCUGCACCCGCCGCCCGCCGCCGCCGGCCUGGCCGCCCGCGACGGCGGCGUGGCCGCGGCCGCGCUGGCGGCGGCGCGUGCGGCGCGGGAGCACUCCGCGGCCGCGAGCGCCGCGUACGAGGUGGCGGCGAAGCUGGCCGCGGCGGUGGUGUUCGGGCAGCAGGAGGGCCGGGCCCCGCCGGGUCGCGACGGGCUUCGCGUCCUGCACGAGCUCGCGCUGCUCGGCAUCGGCGGGCACGGGGGCUGCCCGGCGCGGGCGGAGGACGGGCUGCUGCACCUGGCCAAGGCGCUCUCCGUGGAGUCGCCGCCGGGGACGCCUCCCGCUUGCCGCUCGGGCAGGCCGGGUUCGCCGUGGCAUCCUGCGGCGCGCUCGUCUUCGACUGCCUGGGUGGUGUGA